UUGAGCCAGUUGUCAACUUUUUUUGUCAGAUGUAAAAAUGGAGGAAGGUAUAUCCGUUAAAAAUGAAGAAAAGAGUAUUGAUAUUAAACAAGAAAACGAAGAAAAUGUUGAUAACUUUAAAUGUGACUUUGAAUCUGGAAGCCAAGACAGCAGCAAAAGUGGAAGUGGAGGAUAUCAACGAUGGGCGCCUAAUUUAAAUGGAGUUAGAAAAAGUGCAUUUACACCUUACAAGUCUGUCCAGUGCACGGCUUUGACUAAUUUACAAAGAGGUAAUACGCAGGCGCGGGUCCCCGAAUUGCCCCAGCCCGAUUGUAGCUUUCACGCGAAGGCUGGUCGCGGAGAAGUUACCCGUGAGGACGUGAAACUGGAGCAGUAUGUUGAUAUCACGGACGAGCACGGUCUCACGGCGCUGCACUGGGCAGCAAGUUAUGGACAGUUAAACAGCUGCCAGGACCUUGUUUGGAGUGGUGCCAAUGUUAAUAUUAGAGGUCCUGAAGGUGAGACUGCACUCCAUCUUGCGGCUGCAGGUGGGCACCACGAGGUUGUGAAAUUUCUGUUAAAUGAAGGAGCAGAUGCUGAUAUUCAAGAUGAUUCUGGUAGUACAGCAUUAAUGUAUGCAGCAGCUGCCGAUUUUCCCUACACUUGUAAUGAGCUCCUCAUCAGAGGUGCUGAUUUAACACUUACUAAUGACUAUGAUCAAGAUGCCUACACUCUGACCACAACCAAUAACUGCAAACUGGCUCAAACUGUGAUAGAAAACUUUUUGAUUGGCUGCCUCAGCAAGAUGUGAAGUAUUUACCCAUUCAUGUUCAGUUGCCUUGGACAACCAACACAAUGGAUUCAUUUGCUUACAGCAGUUAAAAUGAAAAUACAGGGAUUUAGUUUUUAAUAUAAAACGUAUUUAAUAUAUAUUUUAAGUUCAACUUAUACAAAACAUGUGAUGUUAUGUGACUCAAUAGACAGACAAUAUAUGAAUUAAACCUUAA